GGCGCGGGUUCGAGUCCCGGUUCCCUGCUGAUGUGCUGGGAGGUCAGUGGAGGAGGCCCGGGUGCUUGGGCCCCUGCACCCGCGUGGGAGACCCGGAUGGAGCUCCUGGCUGCAUCUGGGGAGUGAACAGCGGAUGGAAGACCUCUCUCUCUCUCUCCCUGCCUCUCCUCUCUCUUUCCAAUAAAUAAAUAAAUCUUGUUGAUCACUGACGCGCCGGGAAGCCACGAGACGAAGCCGUGACCCCAGCGCCCGGCUCGGCGUCGGCCCCACGGGGGCGCCGGGCUCAUUCAACCGAGGAGCUCGGGCCGGGUCUGCCAGCUCCAGACGCGCCCCACUUCCCUCGGCGCGCGAGGGUCCCUGCGCAGCAAGAUCCGGCCCCGGUGAGCCGCGCGCAGGGAGACCCGGGGCCCCGGGGGCCACCGAGGCCGGGAGCCGCGGCUGGCUGUCGUUGCUCUGAGGGAGCGGGGUCCAGCCGGAGCCAGAGGGGCUGCCCGGCGCGCUCCCCACAGGGCCUGGGGCCGCCAGGGGCACAGCCGAGGCGGCGGCGACAGGGACGCCGGGUGGGACGGGCGGCCGGAUCGGCGGUCCGGCGGCUGCUCUCGCUGGCCACGGCCCCGGCCGUCCGCGGCGAACAGAUCCAGGCCACAUGGCGCGCAGGGUCGCCUCGGGGCCGGAGGCGUGCGUGUGCGGCCGCACAGGGCCCCGCGUUCACGCCACGAAAGUCCCGGCACCGCGGCGCCAUGACAACGAGGAAGGCGGCGCCUGCGCGGGGGCACCGGAAGUGACGUUUCCGGAAGGGCGACCGGGGCCCAGCCAUGGCCCAGAAGGCGGCGGAGCGGCCCCCGGAAGAAACCCUGCUGCUCUGGAAACGGUGGUGUACGAGGAGAGCCGCAUGGUCCGCCUGACCGCCCCCUACGUGUCCGGCUUCCUGGCCUUCCGAGAGGCGCCCUUCCUGGUGGACGCGGUGCAGCGGCUGCGGGAGAAGCAGCCCGACCUCAUGCCCCAGGUCCUUCUCGUGGAUGGGAACGGGGUGCUCCACCACCAAGGCUUCGGGGUGGCCUGUCACCUUGGCGUCCUCACUGAUCUGCCCUGCAUUGGGGUGGCCAAGAAACUGCUGCAGGUGGACGGGCUGGAGAAAGACGCUGCCCACAAGGAGCAGAUUCAGCUCCUGCAAGCGGGGGGAGAGGCCUUCCCUCUGAUUGGAGGCUCUGGGACGGUCCUGGGAAUGGCCCUGAGGAGCCACGACCGCAGCACCAAGCCGGUGUACGUCUCUGUGGGCCACAAGGUGAGCCUGGAGACGGCCGUGCGCCUGACCCGCCACUGCUGCAGAUUCCGGGUCCCGGAGCCCGUGCGCCAGGCCGACAUCCGCUCCCGGGAGCAUAUCCGCAGGACCCUGGGCCCCCCCGGGAUGCCUGCGCCUGCGCAGGGGAGUGUCACUGCACAGAGGCCACAGGCACAUCCCGCAGGCAGCGCAGGAGAGCCUGCGGGGGAGGAUGGUGCCCUGCGGACCACAGUGGAGGCCCCAGCACAGGCCUAGAGCUCCACCCCCAGGCCCCGGGAGUGGUGGAACUGGACGCCGUGAAGACCCCGCCACCCCUCUCCGGUCUCAGGACAGUGCCCGGGGCUGGUCCCUGGGGACGGUGGGGGGCUGCCCUGUACACAGGAGGCGCUCCCAGCCCCAGAGACGCUGACCACGCCGCCCCGGGGAAGCAGCAGGCACUGCCCGGCUCGUGGUGAGGUGGGGUGGGGUGGAGGAGCCGUGGCCACGGCGCCCCGGGCUGGGCCGGACCAGAAAGCAGGAGCGGCAGGGCCCCGAGCGGUGCGGGGGAGCCGGGGUCCGGUGCGUGGGUGGCCCGGCUGCCGGGACAGCAUCGGCCUCUGCUCCACCGCACCUUGGACUGUGCCUCUGCGCGGGUUCACUCUUCCUGUUCUCUGUGGGGUUCAUGCGUAAGCCAGACCCCCCGCCAGCCGCGCUGAGCCACCCCUGCCGCUGGGAGGGGUCCAGGCUGGGGCGGCCGCACUGGUCCGGCCCCCGUCCUGCUGUCCCACCCAGCCUGGCUGCUGAGCCGAGGCCCCGCCCCGGGCCCUGCUGCUGCCUGCUCCAGGCACACUUUGCCUCUCCGCACGCCAGAGCUGGGGGCUCACGGCGGGCGCCACCAUCUGCCCGCCUUACUCCUUCCAGAGCUUUCCCACCCAGAGCUCCCUCAGGACCAGGGUGGGGGCGUGGGAAGUGCAUGGCUGGCCCUGCACAGGGCUGGCGGGCUCUCCCGCCCCUGCCCACUGGCCUCUGGCGGGGCUCAGAGCUCCCUCCCGUGGGCGAGGCGUGGGAGGGGCUCGGCAGGGCGCUGGCCCCAGUGACACCUCGACGAAGGAGGCCGAUCGCUUGCUGACGGCCCUCACGCUGCAAGGCCGAGCUGGCUCCCAUGAGAAGGUCAGGGACACCUCCGAGCUCCCCCGAAUCCCCUCGGUGCCCGCCCCGUGCCAGCAGGAGAGCCGCCUGGGCCGGGUGCCCUGUGGUGUCCCCUCCCGAGGAGCAGGCCAGGGUGGUGGCGGUCCUGCAGCGGUGUCUGCGUGGCCGUUUUGAGCCAGAACUCAGCAUUUCGGCCCCUUCAGAGCUUAGUGGCUGCGCCGUCUCAGGCAGCCAUGCCUGCUGCCCCCGGGAACCCUGCACCCGUCGACAGGUGCUCCCACGGUCUCUUCCCUGUGGACCCUCUGCCCGCCUCUGGUCUGGCCGUUCCAGGGACUCCUCAGUGGGCCUGGGGCGGGGCUGGUGUUUGUGGCACUGUUUCCCUCCUCCAUCCAUCGGCUGGUCCUGCUUGGUCGGUGUCCUUCCGUGGCUGCUGGCCGUUUGGGUGCUCGGAGCGCUCCCUUGGGUUUGUGUGUAGAGGGAGUUUCUGGGCCACACGUCGACUGUUUCUCU